AUGCCGCCCACGGCUCGACAGCGUAGAAAAGAACGUAACCCGUCCGCAGAAGGCCGUACCGCCAGUCCGCGCCUCAGAGCUCGAGCGAAGGUACCGACACCACCGGCCGACGCAGCCAUGGACGUUUCGUCCCUCGUCGCCGCCUGGCGCAGGCAACCCAUGUGGAUGCUCCUCGCCGUCACGAGCGGCGCCUGCGCGGCGUUCAACGGUGUUUUUGCAAAACUAACCACAACCUCGCUGACCUCGUCGCUGUCCGCCUCGGUGGCCACCUUGCUAGGCCUCUCGCCUGCCAACACCACCGUCGACGUCCUCGUCCGCGGCGCCUUCUUCGGCCUCAACCUCCUGUUCAACGCGCUGAUGUGGGCCCUCUUCACGGCGGCGCUCACCCGCGCCGAAUCCACCACGCGCGUCAGCAUCAUCAAUGUGUCUGCGAAUUUCAUGAUUACCGCACUCUUAGGGUGGAUGGUGUUCGGGGAGCAGUUGCGCGGGAUGUGGUGGGCUGGCGCGGCCAUGUUGGCGGCCGGGAAUGUGGUUAUUGGGCGGAGGGAGGAGGGGAAGAAAUCCGCUGUGGGUGAGGGUAUGGAGCCGACGGCAGCGGGCCAUGGGGAGGCGGAGGGCUUGAUGCGUGGCGAGGAAGACAAUGGACGGGAUGUGGAUGUGGAUUUGGUGGAGUUGGAUGAUGGUGUUGGACGUGGCCGUGAAGAUGGGCUUGAGCCGCAACACGGGGACGAGCAGAGGAGACUGAGAGCUGGUCAAGAAGUGGAUGCACCGAUUUGA